AUGACGACCCUCAAGCUCCCGUUCGCCAUCCUCAACGCCUUCACGACCCGAAUUGACGGAGGGAACCCAGCAGCCGUCAUCCGAACCACACCGGAACAAGACGCAUCGCUGACAGAUGCGCAACGUCUCACCAUCGCGCGUAAUUUGAACCAGCCGAUGCACAUCUUCGUCACCCCUACGGACGAUCCUGAGGCGUUCAGAGUGCGGUGGAUUAUGACAACACAGGAAGUUGUACUCUGCGGACACGCAACGUUCUGCGCAAGCGGCUUGAUCUUCGGAGAGGAGCCGGGUAGCCCGUUUUAUAUGCAAGGAGCCAAAGCCGCACGGACGCUCAAUUUCAAUGGGCUAGAGAACUCGCUAACGGGGAGUAAGGUCGACGACGGGAAGAUUGAGGUUGCGUUGGAGGUGGCGAGGGUUGAGGAUCUGAUUAGAGAGGAUCCUCGAGCGGUGAAGCUUCGGGCGGCGGUCGCUGCUGCGUGUGGCGCAGAUCUGACUGUCGUGUACUUGGGAGCGGGAGUUGGUCUUGCGUACGGAUGUUACAGUCUUAUCGAGGUCGGGACGGAUGAUUUGGCGGGUUUGACUGUCAAUUUCGAUCACCUUAGGAAUACGGGCUUCACAGACCACAUUUUUACCGCCCGACCGUCCUCCGCAGCCCGCGAGGCUGGCGUGACGUUCGAAGUUCGGGUAUUCGCGCCCGUGCUCGGCAUGAAUGAAGACCCCGUGUGCGGCUCGGCGCACGCACUGUUGGCGCCGUACUGGACGGAAAAGUUGGGCAUACAAGGACAGACGAUGCGCUCGCAUCAGGUUAGCUCUAGAGGAGGGGAUCUGUGGGUCAUCCUCGACGAGGAGAAGGGGCUUGUCAAGCUGGCGGGGUAUGUUGUGAAGGUUGUGGAGGGAACCAUCGCUGCAUAG